AUGACGCUGGACUGCGCGGCGGCGAACCUGCGGGAGUUGGACGCGGACGAGGCGCGAGGGCGGUUGCAGCGCGCGCUGGCGCGACACUUGGCGGGAUGUUCGCGCGACGAGGACGGCGCCGUCGUGGUGCUGCACGACGUCGCGAACAUGUCGCCCGAGCACGUCCCGGCGUUGCUUCCCGCGCUGAGCGAAGACGGGGCGUACGCGUACGAUGGGGAAUCGAUCUCGACGACGAGAGGCGUGUUCGUUCUCACCGCGCACCUGCCGGCGACUCGAGCGGCGGCGGCGGCGCCGACGGACGAGAAGACGUUCACGAACGCGGCGAAGAUGGCUUUAUUGGACGCCAUGCGCGCGAAAACUAGCGACGACGACGCCACGGCGUUGGCGUUUAGACGUAGAAUAGACGUCGCCGUUCCGGCGAACGCGUGA